AUGGGCUCGCCGAUUUCGGGAUUCAUCGCCGAGGCGGUGCUACAGCGGUUGGAGUCGCUGGUCUUCCAACACCACAGACCGAAAUUCUGGGCUCGGUAUGUGGACGAUGCCUUCGUCGUCAUCGAACGGGAUCAGGUGCUUACGUUCAAAGAACGUCUCAACAGCGUCUUCCCGGACAUACAAUUCACGAUGGAGGAGGAAGAGAAUAACCAGCUGGCAUUCCUUGAUGUCCUCGUCUGUGGUGGCCUAAAGACCAAAGUGUUCAGAAAAGCAACGAACACGACGCAAAUUCUGAACUUCAGCAGUAACCACCCAAUCUGCCACAAACGCAGUUGCGUAAGAACGCUAUUUUGGCGUGUUGAGACGCACUGCAGUGAACCGGAAAACAAGGUUGCCGAAUCCCAAUAUCUUCGACGGGUUUUCCGAGAAAACGGUUACCCGCGCAACUUCGUCAACCAGUGCCUGCGCAAACGAGACGAGCGACAAAAUCGCGCCGACCCCAAAUUCUGGCGAGCGAUCCCGUUCAUCAAGAACGUCUCCGAGGCCGUUAGCCGCCUUCUUGCACCACUUGGGGUUGGAGUUGCGCACAGACCGGAGGCCACCAUGAGGCGUCAAGUGAUGAGACCAAAAGACCCACUGCCACGGCAAGAAACAUGUGGAGUCGUUUACCGGAUCUGGUGCAGUUGCGGACAAAGCAACUGCGUCGGAGAAACUGGAAGACUGCUUCGGACGCGAAUCGCCGAACACGUGGCAGCUGUACGGAGAAAUGACGCCAACUCUCAGGUCGCGGCCCAUUCGACGAGACCCGGCCACUUAUUCAAGUUCGAUGAGGCCGAAUUUCUCGCGAGAGGGGAUAAUCGCGUGGGCCGCGAGUUGCUUGAGUCAUGGUUCACGGGACCUCAGUCUAUCAACAAGUGCAACGACAUCCCCACUCCACAUUCUGUCCUGAGGCAUAGACUGGCCAAAGCAAUUGACCACUCGAGGAGCGCGCAAGCACGUGAGCCAGGUGGCCGAGCAAUCAUCACGCCAGCAUCCAACACAGGUGAUGAGAUGUCAGCAAUUAACAACUUGCAUGCCGGCCAUUAA